UUUCUUGCUUUCCGUUUCCCUUAAUUGCCCAGCAAAGGAUUCUUCCAGCAUCGUAUCUAUAUGAUCAUCCAGGUUCAGCCUCCCCAGAUCUUGUGAAAGUUGUCGAUUACUUGUAAUUGUAUUAAAAUCGAAGAUUCGAUUUACCCAAUUAGAUAAUUCUGGUCUGAUCUUAAAGUUCAAAGCUUUUGUUGAAGAAAAUUGAUCACAGAAUCAAUCAGGUUCUGUUCUGAUGUUCACACUUGUCUGAAAGUAGUUCGAUCAUCUGUCUGAAUAUUUUUGAUUAAACCAACCAAACUGGUCACUGUUUUUUGUGUGUGUGGUUUUGUUGAGCAGAAGAUGUUCACAGAAGAAGUCUUGAAGAAUGUUUUUCCAUUGCUUGAAGGAGAAGAUCUAGCAGCUUGUAUGGGUGUCAGCAAACAGUGGAGACACGUAGCAAAGGACGAUUUUUACUGGAAAUGUCAAUGCGCCAAGAAAUGGCCCUCCGUCUGCAAACGAACCAAACCUCCCCUCACGGGAACAUACUACAAGAUGUUUCAAACGUGUAGCAAACGGAGGCUAAACCGCACCCUCCCUCCUCCAAGACUCUCCUUCGAGAACUUGGAGUUCUUCGUCGACAUUUGGUCGGAAGAUAAACCGGUUUACUCCGGUUUAAUACCCGGUCUUGCGAUGGAAACCGGGAUCAAAGCUUUGCCAUCAGGAAUCAGCAACGUUCUUAGGAUUCACUUGGCGAAACCCGAUUACAAAAUGGUUGUUCCCGCUGAGCCAAGAUUCACUAUUCCGUUAAACCAGACGGUGAGUGUCUCUAUGCUUGUGGGAAGGAAUGAUUCGGACAAGGUUGCUAGGAUAAUCAACCGGUCUGUCUUUGAGUAUAUCGACCGUUCGUCGUACCGGGCUCUUGCUUUUGAGUAUCUCGACUUAUCUCCUUAUUACCCUUUUGUCUCUGGGAUACGAGCAUGGGUCUCUUUGCUUUUCAUGGAUGCUGAGAAUAUAAACGAUGGGGUUCUCGACGUUUUCGGGAUUCAGUUGGAUUUCUGUGAUGUUGCUGAGACUAAAGAAGAGGUUUUGUGGCUUCUUGAUAUGCUUGAUUGGAAAUGAAAACAUGCUUUUAAGACUCUUUAAUCACAUUAAAGCUCCUUCAGGUUUUAACUGUUUAGACACAAAUGUUCUUUGGUCCUGUAUUAAUCUUUUUACAACACAUGGUACAUUUUUUAUUUAACACUACAUUUAUUUUUGUUCUUUAUAAAUAAUAGACCGUCGUAUACUCCUUA